GUGUGUGAAAUGAGUGACUCUGAAGAUGAGGAGACCCCCCAACUUUCCGCCCAGGCGUUGGCAGCUCUCCAGGAAUUUUAUGCUGAGCAGAACCUGCAGAUGGCCCCAGGUGAAGCUUAUCAGCACAACAGUGGGGUAAUAGAAGAGAACUGGCAGCUGAGCCAGUUUUGGUACAACCAGGACACUGCACUGCGACUGGCUCAGGAAGCCGCCACAGCUGCAGGAGAGGGUGGCAGAAUAGCGUGUGUGAGCGCCCCCAGUGUUUAUCAGAAGCUCAGAGCACUGCACAGAGAAGCCGUGUCUGUGUCCAUCUUUGAGUAUGACAGGAGAUUUGCCGUGUAUGGAGAGGAGUUCAUCUUCUAUGACUAUAACAACCCGCUGGACUUACCUGAGAACAUUGCUGCUCACAGCUUUGACAUUGUGGUGGCAGACCCUCCUUACCUUUCUGAGGAAUGUCUAAGGAAAACGUCAGAAACCAUCAAGUACCUGACUCGGGGGAAGAUCCUGCUGUGCACAGGUGCCGUCAUGGAGGAACAGGCCACCAGACUCCUUGGAGUGAAGAUGUGCAAGUUUAUUCCAGAGCACACCCGAAACCUGGCGAAUGAGUUUCGCUGCUAUGUGAAUUACGAUGCUGGACUGGACCAUGGAGUCUGAAUACAGAGGGUAACGUGUUGCAUGGAGGAUCCAUGACAGCACCCUCUUUUUAUUUUCCUAGUAGAUUGAAAGUUAUUAUCUCCUCCCCGCUUCCUGAACUGGGGUUAUCCCUGGCUUGAUUUUUAGAAUAAAGGACACACUUCAUAGUGUUGUUUCCGAUGGAGGGCAUCCCUAGA